AUGUGCAAUCCAUUAAUCGAAAAACGUCAAACUGUAUCAUGUUCAGUAAACUUGUUCAGCUGUACAAAUGGGGAGUGCAUUGAUGCGUCAUCAAUUUGCGAUGGAGUCGCAGAUUGUUCAGAUAAGUCAGAUGAAACCCAAAGUUUGUGUGCUCCAUUGUUUAAAACAUGCCCGGGAUCUGCGUUUCGUUGUAAUUACGGUGCAUGUGUAAGUAGAAAUGCAAAAUGUAAUGGUAGAAACGAUUGUGUCGAUGGGUCAGAUGAACAAUUACCGGAAUGUAAAAAACUAGGCCUGAGUAUUCCUUCUAGCCCUACAAGACCACAACAAACUCAAGUAGCCAGUCAGGCUAAAUGCUUACCUCGGGAAGAGUACCGCUGUACAUCUGGCCAAUGUAUAGAUAUAACAUCCAUUUGUGAUGGAAAUUCAGAUUGCAAUGACGGAUCAGACGAAAUAUCGGAAUUGUGUAAAUCAAGGGUGUGUCCAACGAGUACAUUCACGUGCAGCUAUGGUGCCUGUAUAAGUAAGCAAAGAAAAUGUGAUGGUUCGCAGCAAUGUGCCGACGGUUCCGAUGAAGCAGGUUGUGGUUCCAACGGAGACCGCAAACCUUUGACACCUGUUAACCCAACAUCACACUUCACGCACAGACCGACCACUACCUAUCAAACUAGUAGACCAACAACGCAAAGAACAACAACUCAAACCAGUAAUAUGAGGUCAUGCAUGGUUCCGUAUAUGGAGGGCACUGUAUAUUCUUUAUUCGAAACUGAAUCAGAUCAAAAUCCUUCUUUAUCACCCGGAUCAUUUGUUAACCCGAGUACCGCAGUUGAAGAGACCUGCGAAGAAGGAUAUUAUAAAACUACUUCUAAUAGAAUUAUAAUUUGUUCAGGAAAUGGAAAAUGGAAACCAAAGGCUGAUAAAUUAUGUUUGAAAAGAUGCCCAUCUGUGUUUUCGGAAAGUUUAGAUGUCGAAUGUAUUUUCAAUGGUAAAAAAGAUGAUUGUUCAAACCCAUCAAUACCGGGCACUGUAUUAACACCAAAAUGUAAAGUUACACACACUAUACCAAAUGGACAAAUAGAGACACCAAUUAAAUUACGUUGUCAACAAGAUGGAAAAUGGAGUGACCGACUUUAUACAUGUAUCCCACAUUGUGGCAGACAAUAUACUCCUAACCAAGUAUUGAUUCUUGAUGGCACUGAAGCCAAAUAUGGAUCAGCACCUUGGAAUGUUGGAGUAUAUAGAAAAUCCACUAGAAAUAAUUUUAACAUGAUAUGUGGAGGAUCACUGAUUGCUACAAAUUUAGUUGUAUCUGCUGCUCAUUGUUUUUGGCAAGAAAAGUUGACGAGUAGAAUAUUAUUAAGCGAUGGCACGUAUAAAGUUGGCGUUGGAAAGUAUAAGAGUGACAUUACAAUUAAGGACAAUGAAUUUACCCAGAUUGUCGAUGUGGGAUUGAUAUACUUGAGAGAAGGUUAUUAUGGUUCAUCCGGAUAUCAUGCUGAAGAUCUAGCUAUUAUUGUGUUAUCAAACAAAAUUACACUUAGCAAUGCAGUUUUGCCUGUUUGUGUGGACUGGUCUAAAAGAUAUUCCAUUUUAAAUGGAGCUAUUGGAAAAGUCGUUGGCUGGGGGAAAACAGAAAAAAUGGUUGAAAGUUCUAUUUUAUUGGAAGCUAAUAUACCAUACAUCGACCAUCAGACUUGUAGAAAUAUGUACCAAAACGGAUUUCAAAACUUCGUUUCUGUUGAUAAAUUCUGCGCUGGUACUAAAAGUGGACAAGGAGUUCAUCAAGGUGAUAGUGGUGCCGGAUUUACCUUUGAACAUAGCUCUUUACAUUUUUUAACUGGAAUUUAUGAACGAGAAAACUUUAGGAAACGGUACGUGCUGGUGAAGAAAACUCUAGCCGAGUUGUGCAUCGAAGAAUACGACGACAAUCUCUUUUUCUUUUCUUUGUUGUUGAUCGUAACCGUCGUCUUUACGUUUGGCAUGGCGUGCUUGGCGCUGGUACUCUGCCUGUUGUGCGCAGGACUCGCGAUGACUGCGUUCAUCGCUAACAUCGUGAGGAGUCCUGCAGUGCAACAGGCAUGGAGAAACCGUUUUCCGGGAGCCGCUGGAGAGAAGGUGUCGCGUUGCGUGUCCGUCGCGUCGGACUGCGCGAUACUGGCGACUGCGACAUUAGCGUUCGGGAUUUGGUUUGUCGUCCAGUCCGUCGGCACCGUCAUGUUCCUGGCGGUGGAGUUUCUCGGGCCCUCCAGCCGUCAGGAACAGCUGCAGACGCCGCCGUUGCCUGAAGCCGGAAGUCCGAUGGACGACACUCCUUUAUGCAGCGUCGAGGAGACGUCAACCGCGCGGACCGACACCACGUAA